AUGAGCUCCGUCAAGUUUCUGGUCGCCUCCUUGGAGGCCAUCGCCGCAUCCAAGGAGGCCCAGCGACACAAGCAGCUCUCCGAAUCGCUGCAAAAGACCCUCGAAGCCGUCAAAGAAGCCGACCCCCAGCUGCCCGACCCCGAAGUCGUCUUUGCGCCUCUGCACCAGGCCACCAAGACGGGCAACACCCAUCUCAUCACGAGCGCCCUCGAUUGCAUCGGAAAACUCAUUUCCUAUUCACACUUCUCCGCGCCCCCGGCCGCCGCCGCUUCCGAAGAUGGUAGGGGAGAAAAGGAGACCGACGGCGAGCAGCCACCACCCCUCAUCGAGCGGGCCAUCGAUACCAUCUGCGGAUGCUUCCAGGGCGAGACGACCCCCGUCGAGAUACAGCUGCAGAUUGUCAAGUCGUUGCUGGCCGCCGUCCUGAACGACAAGAUCGUCGUCCACGGCGCCGGCCUCCUGAAGGCGGUGCGCCAGGUCUACAACGUCUUCCUCCUGUCGCGGAGCACUGCCAACCAGCAGAUGGCGCAGGGCACUCUGACGCAGAUGGUCGGUACCGUCUUCGAGCGAGUCAAGACCCGACUGCACAUGAAGGAGGCGCGCCUCAACCUGGCCAACACGAAGAACAGCUCCAGCAACAUCACAUUCGACCCCGCCGAACAAGCCAACUCGGUCAACGGAUCGGGAGAGAAGAGUGCCGAGGCAGAGGAGGAGGACAGCGCCAACGACGUCGCCAGCGAUGUGGCCGCCGUGCCGGCGCCGGCCCCCGAUGCCCAGGCCACGCAGGCCAAGCUGACACUGAAGGAUCUCGAGACGAGGAAGAGCUUUGACGAUUCGACCCUCGGCGAAGGCCCUACCAUGGUCACCCAGAUCAAGCCGGCCAAGAUGGAGCGCACCGAGUCGCAGUCGUCGGCCAAGGAAGAGGACAAUUACGACGAGCUCGAAGCCGAGGACGAGGUCUACAUCCGCGACGCCUACCUCGUCUUCCGAUCCUUCUGCAACCUGUCCACCAAGGUCCUGCCUACCGAGCAGCUGUACGAGGUCCGCGGCCAGCCCAUGCGCUCCAAGCUCAUCUCCCUCCACCUCAUCCAUACCCUCAUGAACAACAACAUUACUGUCUUCACCUCCCCCCUCUGUACCAUCAGGAAUUCCCGGACCGACGAAGUUACGACUUUCAUACAAGCGAUCAAGUACUACAUCUGCCUGAGCGUGACCCGCAACGGAGCUAGCUCGGUCGAUGGCAUCUUUAAUGUCUGCGCCGAGAUUUUCUGGCUCGUGCUCAAGUUCAUGCGGGAGCAGUUCAAGCUCGAAAUUGCCGUCUUUUUGAACGAGAUCUAUCUUGCCUUGCUGGCAAGGCGGACCGCCCCGGCCUCACAGAAGGCCACGGUCGUCACCAUUCUCAACAGGUUCUGCGCCGACUCGAGGGGUCUUGUUGAGGUGUAUCUGAAUUACGACUGCGAAGGCAACGUCGACAAUCUCUUCCAGACCAUCAUUGAGGAUUUGUCCAAGUACUCGACAGCAGCAGUCCCCAUCACACCCGGCCAGGAGCAGCAGUAUGAAGAGAAGGCCGCGAGACGCCGUCGCCCGGCGAGUGGCAGCUUCGCCCCAUUCUGCCACCGCCUCUGUCUGUCGCGCAGAUACACCAAGAUCGCCAGGCGGAUGAGCAAAGAAGACUUUAUCAAGAACAACCGUGGCAUCAACGACGAUGCCGACUUGCCGCCCGAAUAUCUGCUUCAAAUUUACGACGAGAUCGAGAGCAACGAAAUUGUUCUUAAGAGCGAGCGGGACGCUGCCGCCAUGGCGGGCAACGCUCCGCCGACGUCAACAGGUAUCGCCGCAGGUCUCGGACAGGCACUGUCGAACAUGGGCAGGGAUCUGCAGAGGGAAGCCUACGUGCAGCAGUCUGUGGAGAUCGCGUCGCGGUCGGAACAGCUGUUCAAAAACCUUCUCAAGACGCAGCGCCGCAAUGCCCAGCGUGCUGGCGUCAAGUUCAUGCCCGCGACAUCCUUCCAGCACAUCGGUCCCAUGUUCGACGUGACCUGGAUGUCCUACUUCUCGGCUCUGUCCAACCAGAUGCAGAAGGCGCAAAACAUUGAGGUCAACAAGCUGUGCCUUGAGGGCAUGAAGCUGGCUACCAAGAUUGCCUGCUCUUUCGAACUCUCUACGCCUCGUGAGGCUUUUGUCUCGGCUCUGAGGAAUAUCACCAACAUCAACAACCCACAGGAGAUGCAUGCCAAGAACAUUGAGGCUCUGAAGGUCAUCCUCGAGCUCGGUCAGACCGAGGGUGAUCUUCUACGGUCAUCGUGGAAGGACGUCCUGCUCUGCAUCAGUCAGCUGGACCGACUGCAGCUUAUUUCUGGCGGCGUCGACGAAAAUGCCAUCCCGGAUGUGGCGAAUGCGCGAUUCGAACGACAAGGCGCAAACGAUUCGCGCAAAUCGACCCACGGGCGGCGUCCUGGUCGCCCGCGCGCCGGCACCGGUCCGCAGGGAUUCUCCAUCGAGGUCGCGCAGGAGGCGCGGUCGGACGCGGUCGUCAAGGCUGUCGACCGCAUCUUCGCGAACACGGCCAGCCUGAACGGCGAGGCCAUUGUCCACUUUACGCGCGCGUUGACCGAGGUCAGCUGGGAUGAGAUUCGCGUUUCUGGCUCCAACGAUUCGCCGAGGACCUACAGCUUGCAGAAGAUUGUCGAGAUUGCCUAUUACAACAUGUCUCGUGUUCGUUUUGAGUGGACGAACAUUUGGGAGGUCAUGGGCGAACACUUCAACCGCGUCGGCUGCCACAACAACACGAACAUUGUCUUCUUCGCCCUCGACUCGCUGCGUCAGCUGUCGAUGAACUUUCUCGAGAUUGAGGAGCUGCCCGGUUUCAAGUUCCAGAAGGACUUUCUCAAGCCUUUCGAGCCACAUCCUAUGAUCCAGGCCCGCGGCGACAACAUCCGGUCCGGCUGGCGGACCAUGUUUGGCGUCUUCACCGUGGCCGCGCGCGAGCAGCACGAGGCCAUUGUCAACUUGGCGUACGAGAACGUCAGCCAGGUUUACAAGACCAAGUUUGGCGUUGUCAUAUCGCAGGGCGCGUUCACUGAUUUGAUUGUCUGCUUGACGGAGUUCUCCAAGAACAUGAAGUACCAGAAGAAGAGCCUGCAGGCCCUCGAAGCACUGAAGUCGAUCAUGCCGCGCAUGCUCAAGACGCCAGAGUGCCCCUUGUCACACAAGAACGGAUACGCGCCGCCGGCCGAGAACCCGAAAGCCCAGGAUGCUCUGCAGCGUUCGCAGACGAAGACGUCAGUCGAGGAGGGCUAUUGGUUCCCCGUGCUGUUCGCCUUUCACGAUGUCCUCAUGACGGGCGAGGACCUCGAGGUGCGAUCCAAUGCGCUGGAGUACUUCUUUGAGGCGCUGCUGAAGUACGGCGGCGAGUUCCCGCCCGAGUUCUGGGACAUACUUUGGCGCCAGCAACUGAACCCGAUCUUCAUGGUUCUCCGCUCAAGACCCGAUCUCAACAGUGCGCUCAACCAUGAGGAACUUUCCGUUUGGUUGUCGACGACGAUGAUCCAGGCGUUGCGCAACAUGAUCACGCUGUUCACGCACUACUUCGAAGCUCUGGAGUGCAUGCUCGACCGGUUCCUCGAGCUGCUCGCUCUGUGCAUCUUCCAGGAGAACGACACCAUCUCGCGCAUCGGCAGCAACUGCCUGCAGCAACUGAUCCUGAAGAACGUCAAGAAGUUCACGGCCGGACACUGGACUGAGAUUGUGGGGUCAUUCUGCAAGCUGUUUGCUGCGACAACGGCCACGCAACUCUUCUCGCCGACAACCGUCAACUCAUCGGCGUCGCUCGAGCUGCCCACCAAUGGCCUGGACUUUACCGGGCCGCUGGUCGUCGACCCGGAGGAGCCAAUCAACGAAAAGUCGCUCGAGAUUAACGGCCAUAACAAGAACGGUACCGACGCCGACGCACCUGCCACCGAGUCUACCGAGGAGGGCGCCGAUGAGGACGAUCUGAAGACGCCUACUGCGACAAACCUGCCCCAGGCUCCCCUCGAGGACUACAAGCCGGCGUCCAACUUGCAGCAGCAGCCCGUCGUCGUGACGGCCGCGCGCCGGCGCUACUUCAACCAGAUCAUCUCCCGCUGCGUGCUCCAGCUGCUCAUGAUCGAGACGGUCAACGAGCUGUUCAGCAACGACACUGUGUAUGCGCAGAUCCCGACGACGGAGCUCCUGACCCUCAUGGCGCUCCUCAAGCGGUCGUACCUGUUCGCGCGUCGGUUCAACGCCGACAAGGAGCUGCGCAUGCGCCUCUGGCGCGAAGGGUUCAUGAAGCAGGCGCCGAACCUGCUGAAGCAGGAGUCGGGCGCGGCGGCGACGCGCUCGUGCCCGCUCUGCAAGGACAUCAUCGGGGACUUCGUCGCGCUCGAGGAGGAGAGCCAGCACAGGAACAUCUUGGCGUGGCGGCCGGUCGUCGUGGACGUGCUCGAAGGGUACGCGGCGUUCCCGGAGGAGGCGUUCGAGGGCCACGUCAAGGAGUUUUACCCCAUGGUCGUCGAGCUGCUGGGCAAGAACCUCUCAUCGGAGCUCCGGGCGGCGCUGCUCCUCGUGCUGCGGCGCGUGGGCGAGGUGGGGCUCGGCAUCGAGGGCAUGGCGAGCCGCAGCGGGGACAAGGAGAGGCGGGAGAGCGUUGCGACUGUCACGACGGAGGGGGAGUAUCACAAGGCGGGCACGCCGAGGAUCGGGUGA